AAUCAUCCCGCCUCCUCCCUUCAAACUUCAAAACCCGAAAGGUGGUCGCCGCCUCCGCCGCAGCCGCCUCACCCGGAUCCCGCCGGCGCUGGGGAGAGCUUUCCUCUUCGGCACAGAUCUGAACGCGGACCGCUAGGGUUGCCGCCGCUGCAUUCUCCCCUCUUAUACCCUAGAGCCUGCCCGUCCUCCCCGAGCGAAGGGCCCCUCCCGCGCCUCGCUGCUCCACAUCUCGCUCUUGGCGAAGCACUCCAGCGACGGCGGCCUGCCUCCUCCAGGACCGGCUGUCGACACAUCCUCCCUCGCCGCCGGAUCGACGGCAAUCCAGUCUUUCUUGCUCGCUCCUCUCGGGCCUUGGCAGAUCGACGCGGGCGGCGACCCUCUCGCCCGUCCCUCCCGACCCCGGCGAGUUCUUUGUCCUCACAUUCCCAUAGAUGCUCUCCUUCCUUGCACACCAUGGCCGCCAAAUGUGGGCUUUCUUGUUUUAAAGAAAAGAAUUUGAGCUUUCUUUUUCAACAACUGGUGGUGCCCCCAUUCUUUUGCAAGAACUCAUGAAUCUGAUGGUAUAGGCUUAAAUGGCUUCAAGAAAGGAUAUUCCAGUCCUUAUUGCUUGCCAAGGUCCCAGUGGCCGUGUCACACGAGCUCAAGUUGCUAAUAAUAGUAGAAGAUGUGGAGUGGCUCACCCCGCACUGGUACCUGUGAGAACUGAACAAAAACCGACAGUGAAAGGGAAGACGAAACGGGGAGCUUUGGAUGAGAAUACUUGUGUAAGUGCUGUAGCUUCAGCUCCACACCCUAAAAGGAGAGCAGUGCUCAAGGACGUGACAAACAUAAGCUGUGCAAACUCAUAUAGAAAUUGCACUGCUGUGACUAAGCUACAGUCGAGGCCCACCCAAAAGGUAGGACAAAAUCCGAGCAAAAACAAGCAGCGUUCAAAGAAGGUCCCUAAGCCACCUCUUCCUGCUGUUAGUGCAACUUCAUUUGUGAAUGAUUGUCACAACGUUGAAGAAGCUCAGAAGGAAGAGCUUUCACCACCAAAGGAGGAGCCCACUGCUUUGCUUGAAAACAAAGGGUCGUUGUUGCAGAAUACUGAACGGAACAGGGAGAGUGGUUUUCAUGAGGCAUUCUUUCAGGGAAGAAUCACAAGAGAUAAAUUUGAAACUGCUAACUCAAACACUGGGGACUAUGCUGGUUUAAACAUUAUAGAUAUUGACAAAGAUAAUGGCAAUCCACAAAUGUGUGUUUCCUAUGCUGCAGAGAUAUACACAAACCUAAUGGCUGCAGAGCUUAUAAGAAGGCCUAAAUCAAAUUACAUGGAGACUUUGCAAAGGGAUAUUACAAAAGGCAUGCGAGGAAUCCUCAUUGAUUGGCUUGUUGAGGUUUCUGAAGAGUAUAAACUUGUGCCAGACACGCUGUACCUAACUGUAUACCUUAUUGAUCAAUUUCUUUCUUGGAAAUAUAUUGAAAGACAGAAAUUGCAACUUCUUGGAAUAACUAGCAUGUUGAUUGCCUCAAAAUAUGAAGAGAUCUGUGCACCACGUGUUGAAGAAUUUUGUUUCAUAACUGAUAAUACAUAUACAAAAGACCAGGUGCUGAAAAUGGAGUGCCAAGUGCUUAAUGGUCUGGGAUAUAAUCUUUCUGUUCCCACAACUAAAACAUUUCUCAGGAGAUUUCUUAGAGCAGCACAGGCUUCUCACAAAGCUCCUUCUGUAACUCUGGGUUAUCUGGCGAAUUAUCUCGCGGAGUUGACUUUGACCAAUUACAAUUUCCUGAGGUUUCUCCCUUCAGUGGUGGCAGCCUCGGCAGUCUUUCUUGCCAGAUGGACACUUGACCAGUCAGAUCUCCCAUGGAACUGUACUCUGGAGCAUUACACCUCAUACAAAAGUUCUGAUAUUCAAAUAUGUGUAUGCGCUCUAUGGGAACUUCAGGGCAACACCAGCCGAUGCCCCCUUAAUGCCAUACGUGAAAAGUAUCAGCACAAAAAGUUUGAAUGUGUAGCCAACAUGUUGUCGCCGGAGCUGGCUCAGUCACUCUUUAGUAGACAAGCUAACGACACCAAUCCCCUGCUGAUCAAUGACUCUUAGCAGCAUCAAUCUCCUGACAACUGUGUGGCCGACAACUCGAUUUUUGGAAGAUCCUGUAGCUUCCUUCCCCCUCUGAUCUAUGUGUGUUGUGUUCUCCGCCGAGCUGUUGUUUGUCCGACCUUUCUCGAGCCAUGCAGUAGUAAGUGAUGGCUCCCAUAAAUAUUGCUGGAACGUGAUUAAGUUGGUGUGUAGUCUACUGAUGCCUUGGGUUGAUAAUUGUAUGAUGAUCCUAUCUGUAUAAUAUCUGCCGGCUGCUUGAUUUAACGUAGAUUUGCAUUGAAUUGACUGUUUUCCAGAGUGUAAUGUAGUGUAAUGCUCUUCAGAUUAUAAGAGCGCUUGAAUCCAGGAUGAUGUAACCUGCUACAGGCACAUAUUACUUGGUUUGUAAAUGUAGCCUAUGUUACGCUGAACAUAAGAGUUUUCUUUUCUUUGUGAAACUAGGCAAGUGAAGAGCCAGCUUUUUUUUUUGAAACUGGGCAAAAGAUUUGCCACUUUCAUUGAAUAAGGAGGUUUAGAGGUUUUUGACCA